AUGACAGCCCACAAGGUCAUUACAAGCUUGAAAGAAAUAUUCUCGCGAAAUGGCACACCAGACAUGAUUGUGUCAGACAACGCCCGUCAAUUUGAUUGUAGCGAGUUUCGAGAGUUUGUGCAAAAGUGGGAAAUAACCCAUCACACAUCGAGCCCCCAUUAUGCACAAAGCAAUGGCCAGGCUGAGCGGUGCAUUCAGACGGUGAAGACCCUCAUGAAGCGAGCUAACAUGAGUAAGAAUGAUCCGAUGUACGCUUUGCUCGAAUACAGAAACACACCCAUAGAUGGUCUGCGUGGAUUUGCCCCAUCACAAAUCCUGAAUGGGAGAUUACUGAGAAGUCGCAUCCCAGUAUCAACCUCCCUUCUUCGCCCUCAGGCCAUACCCCCACUACAAGAUGACCUGGCGGAAAGGCAGCGAAGACAGCUGACCAACUACAACGCACGUGCUCAAAUCAAACCCCUCCCAUCGCUGAGCACCAACCAGGACGUCGUGUUUCGCGCCAAACCCGGCACAUGGCGACAAUGA